GGCUCCGCCCCCCCGCGGCGGCACCGCGCGGGGUUGGCGGCCGGACUCCGCGCUGUUGCACUCGGCGAGCGGGUGAACCGGUCCGGCAUGGCUUCGGACUCCGGGGACCGCGGGUCCCAAUGCACGCUGGAGUUCGCCGUGCAGAUGACCUGUCAGAGCUGCGUGGACGCGGUGCAAAAGUCCCUGAAAGGGGUGGAAGGUGUCCAGAGUGUGGAGGUGCAGUUGGAGAACCAGAUGGUCUUGGUGCAGACCACUCUCACCAGCCAGGAGGUGCAGGCACUCCUGGAAGCGACGGGGCGGCAGGCGGUUCUCAAGGGCAUGGGCAGCAGUCACCUACAGAAUCUGGGGGCAGCGGUGGCCAUCCUGGGGGGAUCUGGCUCUGUGCAGGGGGUGGUACGUUUCCUCCAGCUGACCCCUGAGCGCUGCCUCAUCGAGGGAACUAUCGGCGGCCUGGAGCCUGGGCUACAUGGACUCCAUGUCCAUCAAUAUGGGGACCUCACAAAGGGCUGCAGCAGCUGUGGGGAGCACUAUAAUCCUGAUGGAACAUCUCAUGGGGGUCCCCAGGACUCUGACCGGCAUCGUGGGGACCUGGGCAACAUCCACGCUGAUGGUGAUGGCCAAGCCGUCUUCCGGCUAGAGGACGAGCAGCUGAAGGUGUGGGAUGUGAUUGGCCGCAGCCUGGUAGUCGAUGAGGGAGAAGAUGACCUGGGCCAAGGUGGCCAUCCCUUAUCCAAGGUCACAGGGAACUCUGGGGAGAGGUUGGCCUGUGGUAUCAUUGCACGCUCUGCUGGCCUGUUCCAGAACCCCAAGCAAAUCUGCUCCUGUGAUGGCCUCACUAUCUGGGAGGAGCGAGGCCGGCCCAUUGCUGGCGAGGGCCGGAAGGACUCAGCCCAGCCUUCUGCCCACCUCUGAGUAGGGCUUGGGGUCCAUUCUGUCCUCCCCACUGGGCACCUUCCACCUGCAGCGGUAGCAAAGGGGGCCUUGCUUGUGCAGGCCCUGGAGCACUAGGUUCUGGGGAUGUAAGAGGGUACUUUGAUGCACCUCUGGCCAAUUAAACUUUUAUUUUCACA